CUGUGCAUUAGACUUAAAAAAAAAAGGAAGGCAAGACACAAGAUAAGCUUAACACUUAGGAGGUUAAUUAACGCAAUGCAGCGGUGCCGAAGGCUUUGUAGCUUUUUUGAACAUGAUUGGCGCGAUAAAAUCCCUUUCUCGAAUGAUCGUCAAGGCCGAUUUAACAUAGUGGAAGCGGCUUCUGAGUUGCAAUUGAAUGAUAAAUAUCUUGCAUCACUAUACAAACCUUUGCAUUAUACAUACUCCGUAAAGGGCCAGCUUUAUCCAGCUGAACAGGGUCGUAGUAGUCGUCCAGGGUUGUUAGCGAGUUCUCGCAACCGAAUGUUUCCACUAUAUCGCCGCGACUAUGGUCUUGACAGAGAAAUGCGCCACUUAAGCUGGCGACGCAUCACAACUGAAUGAAGCAACCGAAGAUGACAAUAGGAGGUUCAGUAAAAAGCCAACAAAAACUCUCUAAAAUAUACAUCUUCGUCUGCCAAUAUCUAGGAUUUUAGACAGAAGUCCUUCAGCUUGAUAUUCCUCAAAGAUGACUCAAAAAA